AUGCCUGGCGGCUAUCGCCCGACAACAAUUGGGGAAUAUCUGAAGGGCAGACGAUAUGAAGUCCUAGCGAAGAUAGGCCAUGGCAAGCAGUCAACUGUAUGGCUCGCUCGAGAUACUAGCUCGAGUGAAGACACCUGCGUUGCUGUGAAAAUACUGACGGCUCUCGCCUCCGAACACUCUGCAGAACUUGCGGCUAUGCAGCGACUGCGAGAUGGCGACAGAUCACACCCUGGCUUCUCAUGCGCGCCUGCUCUCCUUGACUCGUUUCGGGAUAUGAGUCGCUACGGAGAACAUCUCUGCAUUAUCACGGAAGCGCUCGACAUGUGCGCGUUUCUCAUUCCUACUAGCUGCUUCCAUCCAACAUUGUUUUACCUCCCCGAGUUCGUUGUGAAGCGGGUAAUGCACGACCUGUUGUGCGCACUUGAUUACUGUCAUAACCAAGGCAAAAUUGUCCAUACAGAUGUCAAACUAUCAAAUCUGCUAGCGUCUUCUGAUCAUAAGCUCACAGCUUCGAGCGCGUUGGGGCGACCUAACUCAUUCGAAGUACCUGCUCCAGAUGGGAGCUCCGUUGUACUUACCGAAUUAACCGCAUUUUCAAACUUGCCCGACCCUUCAGACAUUGAGGGCUGGAAGAAAAUACACUUCAAACUGAUGGAUUUUGGAACCGCUUUUCUAGCAGAGGAGAGUGCAUACGAAUACAACACCCGCCCCAUCUCUUGUCCAUUGACUCGAUCGCCAGAGGCAUCCAUCGGUGCCCCAUGGAAUGCUUCGACGGAUAUUUGGAGUACUGGAAUCCUGGUAUGUCCCCUCUUCUUGGUGUGCAUGCUUGUAUGA